UCCUUGAUAACAUUGAAGACAAAGAAAUGUCCUCAUAUGUACAGAAAUGCCUGCAGGAUCGCCUCCCUGAACUGAUAUCGCCGUCUAAGGGGAGGGGGAAGCCUUACCGCGAGAUCGUAUUCACCGGCCAGCUCAACUGGAAACAGGUAUUAGAUGCCAUUAAAACCAUGCCUAUGCCGCCCUUCUUCUCUUGAAAUCUCCAAGGGACGACGGUUUCACAAAGAAGAUAGCUAUACCUGGCAGAGUAGCAGGACGAGAUCUAGCCAAAGAGAGGAGAUAUCAUGAACGAAGGGGUCGAGGCGUGACGGGAGAAACGCAAAUUGUUGGGGAAUUUAGUCAAUAUGGGGAACGCUAUCCAGCAAAAUCCUAGAGCUCGUGAGAGAAGGAUUCAUGUAUUACCGUCGGCCUCGAGGUUUCGGGGAACGGUCUCAAACGUCAUGUAUCUG